UCUUUCACUCUGCUUUUUCUGCAUGACGAUCUAAGACGGGAUAUUCUGCCCCCAACAAUCUGUGCUGCUGUGGGGAAGCAUCCAGUUCAAUUAAGUCUUUUUGACCCACAGCCAAGCACUGUGUGUAGUCUCCUGAAAAUGGAGGGAACUCAGACAACGACUAGAGAGGAGGGGACAACAGAAAGAAAUUGGGAUCAGGGGACUAGCAGCAAUGUGCCUAUGUCCAGCAAACCUCUGCAUCGCUUUGUCCGAAAGGAGCCCAGAAGUCUUGGGAUUGUCAUUCUGAUGUUUGGCUGUGCUGAGUUGUUAAUGGGAUAUCAGUUCUCCAAUGAAGAGUUCAAAAUCUCUGCUCAACUCUACAUUCCCUUUUGGCAGGGAGCUCUGUUUCUUACCUGUGGAAUCCUGUCAGUCUACACUGAGUUGCAUCCGUCCAAGAAGAUGGUGACUGUGUGCUUGGCCCUGUAUGUGGUUUCCAUCUUUGGAAUCGUAAUCUCUUUCAUAUACAGGAUGAUCCAGGUCAUCUCUUAUCCCUACUUUUUUUUUUUGCAAUUUCAUUUGAACAAUGCAAGUGUGAUGCUGCUGAAAAGUAUCGAAGCCAUUUUACUGAUCUCCACUAUUUCAGUGUUAGUGAUUCUCAUUUUUCUAACCACUGUCGCAAGUUUCGCACUGAAAUCCACACGCACUCAGGUCAUCGUCCAGCAAAUUCCACCACCGAGGACUGAAACGCCAUCGGACUGAGGACAUCUUUUUAAAGUAUUAUUAAACAUUACACGACCUUACUAAAACACACUUGUUGGUCUCUUGCGACACUUGUUCUUGAACUAAAAUCAUUUAUGUCAUCACUGUGAGGAAAAACUAUGUUAGAAGAACUUUUUCAGGAAGGCAAUAACGACUAAUCUGUCUGGCAGCCCUUGCGUUUCCCUGCUGCACGUCUGCAAAUCUCUUCUCAUCGACUGAAUGUGUUGACCUCGGCCAGAUGUCAUACACUAUAUGUUGGACAACAUCUGGGCUAUGCAACAUUUGUUUGUGACAAGUGUCAAAAUUCAGUCCAACCAUAAAAGUUUUGAUUUGUUUUAAAACAUACUUGUUAGAAAUUCCUUUUUUAUUGUUAAUAUCUGAAAAUUUCCUUCCUCAUCAGACCUUUAGUCAUUUGGAAGCCAUGUAGAAAAUCUGUUAUGCGUGUCAUCUUUUCAGAGACGUCCAAAAUUUUCCAUCUAAUUGUAUCUGCAUUAUUAUUAGCGUCUUAUUAGUAGUGUUUGACUGUCAUUAAACGGUGCUUUGUACUCUGUACUGAAUGUUUAACUGAAGACAUUUUACAAUAUGACAUGUUGUAACUGGAUGAGUAAACUAUUAGCUUUGACCUCUGGUUACAGAGGGAGCAGGUACUGCACUGUGAUCUAAGAAGCCUCGGUAUAAACUCUGUUUUUCCUGUUUGCGUAAAAUCUUUUUAUAUUUUGUGCAGUAAUUGUGUACUGAUUUAAACAUAAACUUUUGUUAAGCCAAUAUAAAUAUUCUCAUUUCAUUAUGUUAAUCUUUGCGUAGAUUAGAGCUGUACAAACUCUGUUUUUGCCUUAUAAAUGAUAUUUUCAUGUGAGUUUGUACAUUUCAAUAAAUUGCUGCAUCUCUCUCAUUUUCCUACCAAAACUUGAAGUGAGAGAUGGCUCAAUACUUUUGCACA